AAAUUGAAAAGCUCGGUGGGUUUAUACAUGUUGACCGUCUGGGGCUAUCUUGUUCUGCACAAAAUUCUGCAGGGGGCCGUUAUUUGGAUCCUUUUGGUUGGGUCACCGGGUUUUUAACGAUAAAUAUAAGAGAAAUAGCAAAUUGUUCUAUCCAACGGAUAGAAGCUCCCGGUUAGGUAAAAUGGAACAUUCCAAACCGUUGGAUAUGAAAAAGUGCAACUGCCGAAAUCAAUGAAAUUUGGGGACUUUCUGUUUUCUUGCAUCCUUCUCCUCUUGGGUCUUCCUUUCUUCUCUCUGUUUUCUGUUGUGGACAUCAGCGCAAGGGGUCAAGUCGCCUUCUGAGGAGGAACGCGUCGUUUUCUCGGUCAAUUGUUUCGCCGGUUGCUCCUUUUCACUGAAAAUGGGUUUCUGGACUUUGAUUGAAGCCUUUCUGCUUUUUGCAAACGCAUUGGCAAUACUGAACGAGGAUAGGUUCCUUGCUCGAAGAGGAUGGACCUUGGCAGAAAUUUCAGUAGGUGGGAGAAAAUCUCUUAAAGGGCAGGUCGUCGGGCUCAUACACGCUUGCCAGUUCUUGAGACUACCCCUAAUGAUUCUGAAUGUCAUCACUAUUGUUCUAAAGCUUUUCAGUGGGUAAGAUUGAUAAGUUUCAUCAGUGGUGAUAUAUAUGCCUAUACACAUUGUGAGUUAUUUCCCACUUAAGUGGUGUGUGUUCAGUGUAUUGGUCAGAGGUUGCACAACCCUUUUGUUUUUUCUCCUGACUUACGCCAAUUUUAUGAUGGAAAAUUUCAAUUAUUCAGCCUGUGGAAUCUCUUCAUAAACUGAUCCAAGUAUGAUUCAAAUGAUUAUUGGAAUAAAAUGGUGGUUACAAUA